AUUUUCAAAACGAAAAAUUUAAAUAUCAUUCUUUGACAAUUUUCAAAAGAAAAACUUGCUGAAAUCAUAUUCGAAUAUUAAGGCCAUUUAUCGUGUAUUUUUUUGUUAUAAUUUUUUUUAAAUAAUGGCUGAUAAUGCAGGCAAUUGGUGUUUAAUUGAAAGUGAUCCUGGUGUAUUUACACAAUUAAUUAAAGAAUUUGGUGUACAAGGCGUUCAAGUUGAAGAAUUAUGGAGCUUAGAUGCAGAAUUGUUUAAUAAUCUCAAGCCAAUCCAUGGAUUAAUAUUUUUAUUUAAAUGGGUACAAGAUGACGAGCCCACAGGAUCAGUUGUACAGGAUAAUCGUUUGGAUAAUAUAUUUUUUGCAAAACAAGUAAUAAACAAUGCAUGUGCAACACAAGCGAUAUUAAGUAUAUUAUUAAAUUGCAAACAUUCUGAAUUAAAAUUAGGCACUACAUUGACUGAAUUCAAAGAUUUUGUACAAAGUUUUGAUAGUCAUAUGAAAGGUUUAGCAUUAAGUAAUUCAGAAACAAUACGCACUGUUCAUAAUUCAUUCGCACGCCAAACCUUAUUCGAAUUUGAUUCGAAACAAUCCUCCAAAGAUGAUGAAGUUUAUCAUUUUGUUGGAUAUUUACCAAUCGAUGGACGACUGUACGAAUUGGAUGGCUUAAAAGCUGGUCCAAUUGAUUUGGGAGUGAUACCAACAGACAGUGAUUGGUUAGAUGUUGUACGACCGAUUAUUGAGAAACGUAUUCAGAAAUAUACUGAAGGGGAAAUACAUUUUAAUCUAAUGGCUAUUGUUUCGGAUAAAAAAACAAGUUAUGAACGUCGUAUCGAUGAAAUUAUGAAAGAAAUUGAACAAACUGGUAUGGAAACAGAUGCACAAUUGGCGGAAAUUUCGAGAUUACGUAAUUUGGUUGAGGAGGAAGAGAAUAAAACAAAACGUUAUCAAAUUGAAAAUAUUCGCCGAAAACAUAAUUAUUUACCAUUAAUUGUUGAAAUUUUGAAAAUAUUAGCAAAAGAACGGAAGCUUGUACCAUUAUAUGAAGAAGCUAAACAACGAACACUCGAACGUCAACAAUCUAAAAAAGUAAAAUAAACUAUUUAAAAAAGGUGGAUUUUGAUUUCUCAACGUAUCUAAUAAUUUGGCCAUUUUCUUUUUUGAUAAAAUUUAAUAUUUUUUUAUACAGUUAGUAUAUUUAAAGUCCAUUUGGAAAUAAUUUUCUUAUUCUAAAUUUUGAGGUGUAUUUUAAAGAGUUUCUCUAAUUGUACUUUAAAAAUACCUCUGGCCUAUUUCAAUGUCAUUAUGGAGGAAUUAGUAUUAUUUGACCGACAUAUUUUCAAAUUAUAUUGAAUUUUGGAGAAUUCGAGCUUCAUAAUUCUAUUUAUUGUUAGAAUAAGUUAAUGUGUAGAGAAGCUGAUGGAUUAUCGAAUUUGUAAUUUUAAAACACUGCCGAAUGAGGCGAUUGUCGCUCUUUUCUUUAGAAACGUUCAUCAUUUUAUCUGACGAUUAACAUUAGGAGACAUGAAAAAAUUAUCUGAAAAUUUUAAAACAUUAUGAAACGAUAGUUAGUUUUUACACGAUAUACCUGAAACAGGUGCAACGAUAUCGUAACUUUUAAAUAUUCGAAUUUUUUAAGAAUAAACUUUUUUCGCUUCAAAGAUAUUAUAAAAUAAAAAAUUAUUUACAACAUGCCUCUACAUUUUGUGCUCUUGACUACCUAGGUAUGAAGUGUCUUGAAAUAGGACUGAAAAAGUUUAUUUUCUGCACUAUCUAGUUGUAUUAUGCAUAGGUUAUGCCAACUAAUUUGAAAUCGAAAAGAAAUUGUCUUAUAAGCGUUGAAACAUUUGGAAAUUACAAAAUUUGGAUAAAUAGAUUAUAGCAUAAAUUUCCAUUAAAAUCGAUUGAAGAACAUUCUGGGGUAAAUUUUAUUACGAUCCUUGUUGGAGCUGGAUAAAUUGAUUCUUUAUAAUUUUAAAAUGUGUUUUAGCAAUUAAGUGAAAAGUAAAAUAAUGUUGAAAAUUACAAACGAUUAUUUACAAAUGGAAUGAUUCUUAAUCUAAGUGAAAUGAUAUAAAUAUUAUGAAUUUCAAUAUUUAAAUUUUAAAAAAAUGAAUGCUCGAUUUUUCCUAUAUUAAUUCUGUGAAAAUUCAUCAUAUGGUGAAGUGGGAUAAAGUAUUCUCAAAAUUUUAUAUUGUUUGAGCUAAAAGGACUUCAACUUCAUUUUUUUUAUAUAAGAAUAAAUUAGAAAAUUAAAAGCUUUUAAUUACUGAAUACAUUUACUCCACUUCAUCUUAGCAUGUUUUACAGUAAAUGUGUAAAAAAAGAUAUAUUUGAAAUUGUAAAAUAUAUGCAUUUAAUAAAAUGUGUGAAUUCUUUUGAAUGUUUUUACAAUACAGAUUUCUUUUAAAUUUCGUAAUUCUGUUAUUUAAAAUUUAAAUAUUACACCUAUGUAUGUUACUUAACAACGUCAAGAUAUCAUCACGAUAUGAGGCCAUUAAUACUAUGUUAAAUACAUUGUAUCGACGGCGUCUUAUCAUGAUGUCUUGAUGUUGUUAAAUAACAAAACACAGGCUAAAUUAUUAUGUAUUUGA